AUGAGUUUUGGGAACGCUUGGUCCACCAAGCUAGUGAAUUUCAGCCCGCUAUCCGGCAUGCCGUCAUUGCAAAUCAACAAAGCGAUUGCCUCUCUUCAGCAAAAUAUGAGCGACGACAGUAUGGGUCGUCUGCGAGUCGAAACUGCCUUAGUUGCAUGUGUGGUUUUGAUAUCCACACUUCUUUUUCAAGAAAACGCUACUUUGGCCGGUCGUCAUCUUUUUUCGGGCUACAGGCUACUAGAACAUUAUUUGAUAAGCCAUGGAAGCAACAGUUUGUUUGCUGCUACAAUCACUAGAGCCUUCGGUGUCAUUCAUUUGACUUGGACGCUUUUUACUAGCGCUGAGCCUCCUGAUAAGGAUGCUCGUCUCCCAUUACUAGUCCCUGAAACAAUCAUACGAGGAGGAGAUGAUAUACAGACGGCGAACGAUCUUGUUGUCACGCUGAUAAGAAUAGGUUGCUCACAAAACUGGGCCCAGGGAUUCAACAUCGGACCCGCCAGCCCAGAUCUCGAUAUUGAUCAAAUGGCCAUAGUACGCCAGAUCCAGCGUAUACCGAGUCAAAUCCAAGCAUAUCGGGUGCUUCAUGCACAUCAGUCAACGCAGCGAGAUCUCAGCGCUUUUCUUAUCUUGCAAUUAUGGGCUGAGGUUAUCUCUAUAACUGCUACCGUUGAGACAGGCCCAGAGCCCCAAGAGAUGAUAUUUGAUCGCUAUAUAGUGCGUUUCAAAGAAGCCCUUGAAAUCUCCAAAGAGCUCCUGGUGCGCAUCUCAUCGACACCAAGCUUCUCAGUCAACCUAGGAGUUAUCCCGCCGCUUUUUGUCCUCGCUAUGAAAUGCCGGGAUUGGGAAAUUCGUCGACAGAUCGUUGACCUAUUACGCGUCUUUCGCCGGCAAGAAGGAAUUUGGUCGACUGAUUUGGCUGCCCUUAUAACUGAACGCGUGAUUGAUAUUGAGUCUGCGGGCUUUGGCCCUGGAGAUUUGAUUCCUGAAUCAUCGCGCAUUAAGUCAUUACUAGUUGAUGCGAUGACGACCAAAUCCCAAGUCCGUUUGCGGUACCAUUUUGUCAGGGAUUGUCCGGGAUUUUGUUGCAACCAUGCUGAGCCAUACGAGGAAGAGAUUUCAUCAUAUGCAUCGGGCCGCUUCGAGAUACUCGAGUGUAGUCGAAGACCGUAG